UUGCUGGUUAAUGAGUGUGAGCACCUGCAGCUUCAGUUUUAAAAUUACCACUUCUCAAAAAAGGCUCUAGUGCUGAAAUUCACAGUGCGCAUACACUCACGCAGAGUCAUUCGAGCCUCUUCAGAUAACAGUACAUCAGAACAAACCAGCAACUGACCGAAAAGAAGAACCAUGAUAAGUUCCAGAACAGUUUGUUUUGUGUAUUUUGCAUUGCUCUUCGGAACGCCAAAUGCUAGCAAAACAUCAGUCACAGAAGAGAGUGGAACAAAUAAUAGCAUGUCUAUGACAAAUGAAAUAAAUGUCACCCCGACAACAUCUACGAAUAAGAAAGUGUCACCAGACCCAAACACUGACGAGACAACAUCUUUAAAUACAGACAGCAUUCAGACCACUACUAAACCUGAGGAAGGAUACUGUAUUUUCUCUCUACCAACUGAUGGAAAUAAACUGCAACUGAUUGUGGCUGCUCUCACAGUGGGCUGCUUGGUAUUGUUGCUGACCACACUGAUAUGCUCCUGUCAGGUUUGUCACCUGAGAGGAAUAAUCUCUAGUCUCCAGCCUCGUUAUGACAGCACUGACGAACAUGCCAGAAGAGAGAAGAGUGAAUCACCACGCCGAGAUGAAGGCCAAGUGGACGGGCACCCAACUGAGACCUGCUUGAUGCUAUCAGAGGUCACCACAGCACAAGAGGAGAGUAGAGAGGAUCAGAAGAACGAGACUGAGGAGAAGAAUGACACAGAGCAGUCCAGCGCUGAGCCGCCUGUGAAGGACCCAAAUGGCGACAUCACCCAAGAGAACAGUCCUGAGCCUGAUGCAAAAGCACCAGAGAGCUCAGACACAGAGGUGUGAUCACGAUCAGACACUUAAACUGGUGUCACACAACUUCCCCUGGUGACAUUUCAAGUCUGCACCUGCUUAAGCUUUAACUGUUAUCUACUGCAUAAGACUUAAAAAGGUCUGAAAUAUGAAAGUAUAAAAUUCUAUUGUAUUCUACAAUGAAAUCCUGAAAGUAUAAAAUUCUGAAAAUACUGCAAAUAAGCUUGUCACUCGCCACAUUGUCUCUCCUUAUUUUAGGCUAUAACAAUAUUGUAUGACCAUGUUUCAUAUGUGUGUGCAUUUACGUUGUCUGUAUUUUAAAUAAUACAUUUGUAUUUUGUUGUCAUCUAAAAAGAAAUCUUUAAACAUCCUUAAAAAGAUAUAUAUACUUGACAAACAACAAAAAAAUGUGUGAGAAGACUAUGUUUUGGGAAUAUAUCUAUUUAUUGAUUUCGUUUUUUAUGCUUAAAAAAAAAAAAAUACUUGCCAAUGUGGUAAGAUAAAUAAACUUAAUGAAAAAUAUUUCUCUGAUGUCAAUCAGAUUCAUCCAAUUUUAUGAUUAAACUUAUCUUGUUUUAAGGAUGUUAAAAUAUUUCUAGUAAAAAACAUGAAAAAAAGCUGAUUUGAAAAUGACUGUGCAGUUUUGUGUUUUUAAGAAUAAAACAAUUACAUGUCUUUAUUUUGAACCUUGAAA